UGUCAGAAGUUGAACAGCUGACUGUAGAAAAACACUGCUGAAAAUUAACAGAUUUUCACUGAAAUUUGUCGAAGUUUCCAUCGAAAGUGGUCGGGAUUGAUAAAAGGACAUUGGUGGUACAGAGUCAGGUAGCAAGAUGCUGACAAGUGUGGCUAGCUAUCUGUUCGGGGGCUCUGGUGCCGAGGAUAUGGACACUUCGCCAGUGGAGUUGGAGACCAAGCCUGCACCCGACCAGGACUGGGUAAUUGUGGAUAUCCCAGAUACAGCAUUCAAAUCUACAACUUCACCACAAGCAGAAAUUCAUGGUCAAUCAAAAUGUCGCCGACUUGUGCGAAUAGCAAAUCCUGUAAAUAGUGACAGUGAUUCUGAAACUGCCUCCAAUUGUCAUCCAGCUAGCCAAACUCCAUCCACUCCCGGCUCCUUGAGCCCUGUGGGACAUUCCAGAUACUGUUUGAACCCUAAAAUUGGUUUUCAUGAAAGUUGGAUUCUUACACCUCCUCCAUGUUUCACUGCAGGCGGUGCCACCUCUUCCCAAGUAGGAAUGGAUCCCAUGGAAAAUCUCCUCAUAGAACAUCCUAGCAUGUCUGUUUACAACAGCCAUUGCUCUGGAGGAAGUGCGGGUGAGGAAAGUGACUUGUCCGAGUCUUCCACAGAUAAUAUUUCUAGAACAAUACAAAGACGUGGUCUCCGUCCCAGAAAUGCCCGUGGUGUUGUUGUGCAGCAGUCACCACGGAAACCCCAAGCUGUAGCAGCAAGGGCUGGAAUCAUCACUCAGACGGAUUCCCUUAAGUCCUCCCAAAGGUCUAAGCAGUUCAAGGAGACUCGCCACCUCUCACGAGCCACCCUAAACAAGCAAAACAAGACCACAAGACUCAGCACAUCGGCCAAACGUAGCUAUAAUCGCCAGCGCAUCAACAGUCCAAAGAGUUGUGUUAUGACCUACCAGGCCAAGCACUAAUGUUUCUGACUGUCUAGUUACCCAUGUUGAUCCUUCAAUUGUAGCUCCUAGCUCUGACUGGUUAUUGUUUAUAUAUAUACUGUUUAGUAUUUAAUAUCCCAGAAUAUUUAACUUUUUUGCUGGCUUUAUUAUCUGUAUAUCUGUUUAUGGUCAGUUGUUACACCUGUUUAUUUGUUAAUUGUCAAUCCAAGUUGUUAUUUCAGUGAAGUAUUGUUUGAUGAAAAAAUUUAACUAGCAGUUUUAAAGACAGCCUUAUUUGCAGGACAUUACCAUUUAUGAAUGUCUUUUUUUCAUUCAAUACUGAUUUUAAAAUAGGAAUAAUCUUCAACAUUAAACCAUCGUGGUGGUGUGUAAUAUAUCUAUCAUGACAAGAACAUCCUUUGGUGUUAUUUGAGGUGAUGUAUAACCAUCUUUUAAAUAAACUUGAUGGAACUGUAAGUAGACAGAUAUUAAUGAUUUCCUGCCAUUUAAACGUGAUCAAUGCAAAUCACUUCUAAGAUGAUCUUUGAUUUUUUAUUUUCCAGGGUAGAAUUAAUAGAUCUGAAUGUAAAUACCACAUUUACAAUUAUUUUAUUGUCCUUUUUAACAUUAUCAUCUUGGAAAAGAAUGAAGUACACACGGAAACAUCAUGUCACCACACAAACGUAUGUGAACUGAAAUAGAACAAUUCAAUCAUUGUUUGAAAUUAAUACAUAUUCAUUUAUUUAGUUAGGUGUAAAUAUGCUUGUAGUAUUGUGCAAAUAAAUGUUUUUAUUUUUACAGCUAUCUCGGAGCAUUGCCUUUAUGAAAACAAAUAUAAAUUGUGAAACUAUUUCACAGAGACAAGUUCAAUGAAAGAUCACUGUCACAGUUGUAACACGUCAGUUUUACAUGACAUGGUGCCGACUUAGAGAAAAAAUAUCCAGUCAAAUUUAGUCAGUUUUGUUUUUCUCUGGUUAAUUCAUCUGGUGCAUAAACUAAUGUUCAGUAGAUAGUUGGUACAGAUUCUGUAAUCCAACAUUUGGUAAAUGGUAAUGCUAGAACACCAAUAACAUUGUUUCAAUGCCUUUUACCGUACUCUUGUUUGUUGCAAGUCAUAUUCGUUGUUCAUUAUUAAUAAGGCUGAUAAGUAAAGUUUACUUGUAAGAUAUAAAUAGUUAAAGUAAAUAAGGUAUUCCACCUGCAGGACAAAUGUAAAUAAUUACAGAAAUUAGCGUAAAUUUUAGUUGUUGUAAAUAGCAAAGUUGUUUGAUAUUAUGAUAUUGUCUACUUUUGAUAUCCACUACAUAAUAAGUUAAAUUAUUGUUGAACACGAGAAAAGAUAGCAUUGUGUCUGUUAGAGUGUGCAAUACUAUAUAUGUGUUUGUUGAAAUAACAAGAUUAGUGUUGAUGGAGUGGACAAUACUAACAUCAUCACCUCAGAAAAUUUCAUCUGUAUAUAGAGGUCAUCCAGUCAGCAGUGAUCCAGCAUGAAGUGUAAAAUUUCAUCUUACAAGUUUUUAUUUUAUAUUCUUGUAUAUUUUUGUUACCAAAUUUUGCACCUGUUAUGAACUUUGAUGUGCAAAUUGAAAUAUAAAGAAUUCUGAUAAUGAUAUAUGAUGAUUCCUAUCAAUGCCUCCAUAUUUUAUCAUCUUGUACACCACUGCAUAUUAUCCAACUGUUUUCAUUGAUGGUUAGCAAAUAUCCGCCCCACUUUAAUUUGUUUGCUCAUUUUAACGUUUGUUUGUUUACCAUAGUUGCUGUCAUAUUCAAAAGAGGGUCCUUAUUGACAACAUUGCAUUAGAUUUAUGUAAAUUUACUUGAUUUCAAAUCAAAGUUUUUACUGUUUUGAAAGACUGUUGUUGCCAGCUUUACAUCUAGGGCUUUCAACAUAUACUAUUGUAAGGGUGCAUCAUCCAUAUAAUAUUCAAGUAUGCUCUACAACUUGCACUAUAUUGUAUCUAUAAAUCUAUGCAAAACUGUGUCAAAAUGCUUAGCAUGGAUUAGUGAAAAUGAGUUGUAAUUAUUGACUGCAAAGAAAUGUGUAAAUUUGAUUGACUUCUCCAUCACAAUAUGGCGAGUCAGAUUCAUAUUGAUUUAUGUUUAUGUAACUCAAAAAGAUCAUAUUUAGAAAGAAACAUCAAGUUGGAAAAGUGUGAGUGUGAUAUAUGCUUCGGUCGCUGAAGACACUAAAUAAUUGAGAGUGAUUCCCCUUUGCAGUGGCAUUGUGCGAGUGACUGUCUGCUCUGCCAAAUUAUCUUGGGUGGCUGCAACCUGCAUUUUAUAUUGUUACACCUCAGGGAGCAGUCGUAAGUGGCAUAUGUAUUUCAAAAAUCUCAUUUUACCCGACAUAAUUUUAUACAGUCACUGUGACAUGUAAUAACAUCCUUAGUCAUGCAAUCACUGUUGCUCAAAAUGUCUAUUCUCUGUUUUUUCUCUGUAUGAUUUUUAGUUUUAAACUAUUUAUUAAAAGUACGCUAGUGUGGCAGAGAGUUGGUUGACAUUCUGGUUGAACAUUUGUGUGUAGCUACCUGUCAGGAAAGAGGUCAUCAGCUAAAAGAGUUACAACAAGCAAUUAUAUAGGAGAUAUUGUGAGACUAAAAACCUCAUAUUUGCAUAUUGUUAAAACAAUAAAAAAAAAAUUUAUGUUAAA